UAAGUAACACAAGAGGAAGCUUGAGUGAACCAUAAGCUUCGUCUCAAAGCUUCAGUGAGCCUUCAGUCAUCAGCUGACUAUGGCGACACAAGAGGAUACUACCAUACAGUUACUUGUAAUUACCAGUUAAAGUAAAAUAUUACAAUGGGCAAUCAACUGGCAGGUAUUGCCCCAUCGCAGAUCUUCCCAGUGGAGACGUAUCUGUCAGAUCUUCCAGAUGUUCACUAUGAAGCAAGCUUGGGUAGUACACGUUUCCUCAAGGUGGCCAAGUGCCAGACAUGGGAGGGCUUAGUGGUUGUGAAGGUGUUUGUUAUUCAUGAUACAUCACUACAGCUGUCUGUGUACAAGAAGUCAGUGCAGAAUGUCUCUACAAAACUUAUUACAGCUGCUAAUUGUCUCCAGUUUCAUUAUUUGAAGGUAACAGAGAAGGCAGGAUUGAUGUUCAGACAGUAUGUGAAGAGCAAUCUGUAUGACCGAAUCUCCACACGACCUUUUCUCACUUCCAUUGAGAAAAAAUGGCUUGCCUUCCAGAUACUUUGUGCUCUUAACCAAGCACAUCAAGAGGGAGUUUGUCAUGGAGACAUCAAGUUGGAAAAUGUUAUGGUGUCAUCAUGGAACUGGCUUCUACUUGCUGACUUUGCCACCAUCAAACCCACAUUGCUUCCAGAAGAUGAUCCAGCCGACUUUACUUAUUUCUUUGACACAUCCCGCAGACGAACUUGUUAUAUUGCACCAGAAAGGUUUAUCAAGACUCUACAGAUGGAUGCCCAGCACCUGAUGAAGGAAGUUAGAGAUAAAGGGAAUCUCACACCAGCUAUGGAUGUCUUUUCAGCUGGAUGCUGUCUGGCUGAAUUAUUCACAGAAGGAUAUGCACCCUUUGACCUCACCCAGCUUUUAGCAUAUAGAGUUGGUGAUUACUCUCCCAACAAAGUUCUUGACAAGAUAGAUGAUCCCAGAGUUAAGGCUCUGGUUGAACAUAUGAUCCAGCGAGACCCCAGCAGCAGAUUCAGUGUGGCCGAGUACCUGAAGCAGGAACGAGGGGCCACAUUCCCUGACCAUUUUUAUACGUUCCUCUGGCCAUUUCUGAAGCAGUUUGCUGUCACACCUAUAAUGCCUCCUGAUGACAAAAUCAAACAGGUAAAAAAGAGUUUGACUGAUAUACUUGUAGCAUUGGGGGCUGAAGAUGAAGCAUCAAAAAAACUUGAAGACAAAGAAGAUGAAAAGGAGAAGACAGACAUGGAGAAGCCAGAAAGGAAGUGUGAAACGCUCAUCAUUAUUGCUUCUCUAAUUACAUCCUCACUCAGGGCUCUUCAUUUCACAUCAUCUAAACUGGAUGCCCUGGAACUUUUGGGAAAAGUAUCUCAGUAUGUUCCAGAUGAGAUAAUUCUGGAUCGGAUACUGCCUUACAUAUUUCAUCUGCUUCAUGAUGGCGAGCCACGUGUCCGAGUUUGUGCACUUCACAUGCUCACUCACUGCCUCACCCUGGUCUCCAGUGUACCAAGAUCUGAUGCUAAUAUCUUUCCAGAGUACAUCCUUCCUAAUCUUUCUGAUAUCACCCAGGAUGAGGCUGCUAUUGUACGGCAAGCAUAUGCAGAAAAUAUUGCAACUAUUGCAGAGACAGCUUUAAGGUUUCUUGAAUACAGUCAACUGCAGGGAAUGAUGACCUCCUACAGCUAUGAAACAGAACUGGCAACUUUACAGGAAGUCAUUCAGCAGAAGGUGGCAACAAUGUUCUCCGAUCCUUCAAAUGUAGUCAAAAGGACACUCAUGGAGAAGACUGUCACCAAACUGUGUGUGUUCUUUGGUAAACAGAAAGCAAAUGAUGUGCUGUUAUCUCAUAUGAUAACUUUCUUGAAUGACAAACAUGACCGCCACCUCCGACUGUCAUUCUUCUCCAGUAUUGUAGGAGUAGCAGCAUAUAUUGGAUGUCAUUGUGCAGACAUACUGAAGCCACUGUUGCUGCAGGGACUGAGUGAUGCUGAGGAAUCUGUGGUUGUAGCAGCAAUAGAGGCCAUGACAUCAUUGACUGAGUUAGGUCUAUUCCCCACCCAUCUCCAGUGUGAUCUUCUGGCUCACACAGCACCACUACUCAUACACCCAAACCUGUGGAUACGACAAGCAGUGGUUGGACUGCUGAGUGUAGUAGCCAGACUGCUGCCCCUGGUGGAUGUACAAACAGCCAUUGUAGCCAGAGUACAGCCAUUCUUAGUCAAGCCUCUCCUCCAGCUGCACCGAGAAGUUUGUGUUCUGUCGUGUCUACGGCCGCCUAUCUCACGAGAGGUGUAUGAUGCCUUGGUGAAGAGUGUGGAUGUUGGUCAAAUACUCUCCCUCCUUCAGGAAGCUCAACAGCAAAAUGUUCCUCUAGCACAGCUUCCCUCAACCCUCUCUCACCUUGACCAUCCAACUAGGAAUUUGUUACGACGUUUAGUGGGCGGUGGAUUGACAGAAGAAAGUGUUGAUCAGUUAUUAUUAAUGCGGGAACACCUCACCCGACUUCAGCGGCAGAAGAAGGCAACAGAGGCCACUCGAAAUGGCUCACAGCAUCAGCAGCAACUUAUGGGAUUAAUAAACAUUGAAGACCUGAAGAAAACUGUACCUACCCACUACUGUGAUUUGAUGCCAGAGGAUGGGUCUAUUGAUAUUUCAUCUCUCAGUCUCUCACAGAAGGGGAUGAUACAGUCUCCAAGCUUGACGAUGAAUGAGGAAUGGCAAGCAAUGUUUGGGACGGCAGAAGAUCGCGUCUCGACAAACAAAACAAACGACAACAGAUCUGUUUCUCCAACUGAGCCAGAGUCAGGUGCUCACACAUCUGCAACCCCCAGCACUAAGGUACCUCCAGGAGAAGGGGAAAAUAAAGGAGUUAUUAAAUGUGUAUCAAGUUGCAAACUGGAGCUGGAAAGCCUUGUGGGAAUGAAGCGUGAAGAACAUUUAGUGUGUGUCAAGAAACGCCGUGCUCUAGAAACACUUGCAUGGGAUACCCGACUACCUCCUCCUGGGUGGAGACCAAGAGGUCAUCUGGUGGCUCACUUACAUGAACACCGAGGAGCUGUUAAUAAACUUGUGCCCAUUGGUGAUACCUCUAUAUAUGCCAGCUGUUCCAAUGAUGGCACAAUCAAGGUGUGGGAUUGUAACCGUAUUGAGAGAAAAUUCUCCAUCAAUAGAUCUAAGGUAACAUAUAACAGGCAAGGUGGAAUGAUCACCUCAUUGGCUCCCUGCCUCACUCAUCAAAGUCUGGCAUCUGCAUCUAACAAUGGCUCAAUACAUGUUAUUAAGUUGGAUAAAAUGAGCCUAAUAAAUAGUAGGCAGCUGAACACAGAAGAGGAUGGUUAUGUAGUGGAUAUGAACUAUUUUGAUACUGGAUCCCAGUCUGUACUGACAUAUGCCACAGUGUUUGGCUCCAUAGUAGGUUGGGAUCUACGAGCACCUGGAACUGCUUGGAAACUGGAAAAUGGUCCCAGGAAAGGAGUUAUUACAUCAUACGCUUUAGAGGGAACACAGAGUUGGCUGGUAGCAGGGACCAGUAGUGGUCACCAUGUGUGUUGGGACCUGCGAUUUAUGCUGCCAAUAUCCACCAUCACUCAUCCAAGAGGAGCUGGUGUGCGUUGUGUAAGCAUGCAUCCCAAAGAAGGAUCCUGGGUGGUGUCUGCUGUAAGUGGUAACAAUGAAAUCUCAAUGUGGGAUAUGGAAACUCAGUCAAGGCACAUAACUCUUUGGGCAAGUCCAAAACCGCCACUCUCCAUGACACAGCUAUGCAACAACAGUGUUUGUGGCAUGUAUGUUAGUCAAGGAGACAGAGGAGGACCGUAUGUGCUGGCUGGCGGCACAGAUGGAAGAUUACGGUACUGGGAUCUUUGUGAACCAGAGUCUUCAUAUAUUGUGUGCCAUGCUGCCAAUGACCCCUACUUGCAGUGGCCUAUAUCGUACAGCUCUCGUGUUGUAGAUGGGACUGAGGUAAUUGUAGAAACUCCAAACAAGCCACGCACUGCACCUUCCAGUAGUGAUGACACACCCAAGAGAGGGCCAGAUCAGCCACCACCUGGUCACAAGGAUAUUAUUACGGACGUGAUCGUUAUGAAUGAACCACAAAGACUAGUCAUUACGUCAGGCAGGGAUGGAACAAUAAAGAUGUGGAAAUAAACUAUGCAAAGCAACUUGUAUUUCCGUGAAUGUGAUAUAGUAAAUAGUGCAAAGAUAACUAUUUACAGUGAGAAAUCAUCUUGUAAUAUUUGGUUUCACUGUAUGCAGUGAAAUAUCUUGAUAUUUUCAUGAAAAUUGUGCAUUUUUAUAUAGCCCUAUCGUGUUAAAAAAGGUUUUAUACCCAUUGAAUACAUGAAACAUCUUGAAAAAUGCUGUAUUCUCUUUAACAUAAGAGUUUAUCCGAGUGAAAUUAAUAUAUUUAACUUCAAAAUAUAUGGUUAGAUACCAUAUGACAUAAAUACCUAAUUGACAAAUAUCUUAAAUACUGUAGUGUAAUUUUUUUCUUCUUUGUAUAAAAUAGCAUCACCAGGUUUAUACAACUUAUGCUGUCAUCAUUUCUGUUGUUUCAGGUACUGUACUGUACAUGGUUUUACAAACUUUAUCAACAAUUUGAUCCUCCUUACCUCAUUCCUCCAUCAUUUAGUAUUUUGUCUUCCCAUGGUAAUACCAUGUAUGUGGCCAGUACUUUAAUGUAACUCAUCCCAUUAUUGCAUUUUAUGUACAGUAGACUCGCAACUUACUCGAUUUCAACUAUACGCAGAUUUCCCCGGGGUUAGGUUACAAUUUCCAAUUUCAAACUCAAAACUUUCAAAAUGGGUCUUAAGUUUGCCAAACACUAGCCCUCCAAAGCUCCACCCCACCCUCCAAGCUCUCUGUCUUCAGUUGCCACGUGGGUAUUGUCGGAGUAACACCUGCCUCUUGUGUGUGUCAAUUUAGCGCACUUAAACCUCUCAUACUCGUUCAUAAUGCCCAAACACAAGCCAACCUUUACCUCUGGUCCCCCAGCAAAGAAACAAAGCUCUGUGAUGAGAUGACCUUGGAAGAAAAAGUGGCCGCUUUAGACUUAAUAAGGGGUGGCAUGUCUGUCGCUGCUGUGGCACAGAGGUACAGACACAAUGAAUCAAGCGUGAAGUCCAUUAAGAUUUGAGAGAAGGAAAUUCUUGAAACCGUGUCUAAAAGUGCCUCAUUUACUGCUAAGGUGACUAGCCAGGUUAGAGAUGUAACUUUAGUGAAGGUGGAGAAGGCAUUAAACAUCUGGGUAGAGGAUAUGAAUCAGAAACGUGUCCCCAUCGACGGCAACAUGCUCACGGAGAAGGCACCGAGUCUUUAUGACCAGUUUAAAUCUGAGGUUCCUCAGGGCGAAGCAUCCACCAGUUCUGAGAAGAAUUUUAAAGCCAGUGCAGGUUGACCCAACAGUUUCAACCUGAAUAAUAUUAGAAUCACUGGCGAAUCGGCAUCAGCGGACGAGAUAGCUGCACGGGUGUUCCCAGAAGAAUUCAGGAAAUUGAUUGAGGAAAAUGGACAUCUUCAUCAACGCUGUACAGGGUAAAUUAAAACAUUACAUUAUCUUGCCUAUCUCACUUCACUCCAAGAAGGAGAUACUUAGUAUGAAGGUUCCCACUUAGUAACAGCUUUGAGCCCAAUUCCUGGGGACUGCUUGGCCAUGGGCAACUGAUGGUUAGUUCCUAUCAGUCUUCCUCUAGAACAGAUGUAUAGCUUGAUUUGAGAGCACUACUACCCUUAAGAGUGAAAGUUGAACAUAGCACUUGGAAUUUGUUGAUAUCUCUUGUCUCCCAUUCCUAGCUGAACUAAAUAUACAGCCCCGAGUUUCUUAAUCUUUGCACUGGAUUAUAACGGUAGGUGGAGGAUUGAUCAUGAAAUCACAUUUUAAAACUGAGCCAGGAUUAAGCACCUCAGCUUUCUUCUCUCCACCUUAUGAAGAUGAACUGUAAUAAAGACAGAUCCAAUUUUGUCCUUUUGAAACUGACCAAACAGAAGUGGAUCACUGAGUGUACAUUUUUAUGAUCAGAAGCAAAGAAUCAUGGCCUUUGCCCAGAAGUGGGGGAACCUUCAUACUUCCGGUAAAUGUAUCCUAUGAAUCUAGUAUUGAAGGGAAGGAUAUCUAAUUUUCAAAUAUAUUUGAUUAUUACAUUCCAAGCAGCAUGCUAGGCCUUGGGACUUGGGGGCUGCAUCUUGCAGCCUUAUCUGGGUCUUGUAUAGCGAUAUCUCCAUUAGCCGGAACAUUUGGUGCACAUCACUUCCGGGAAUGAAAUAUUUCCGGGUAACGAGACGACUCUCAAAGCCGGAAAAAAUUCCCUCAUCCCUGGAAUUUCUGGGUAAUAGAAAAAUUUUCUCAGAAGUUCCAGAAAUUGCCCAUUACAUCAUCUCUCAAAUCUGGAAAAGUAGCCCUCAUCCCUGGAAUUUUCAUUCCCAAAGCCAGAAUUUUUCGGAAAAUUCCGGCUAUCAGAGAGUACGGGGUUUGAGGGAUUCCAGCUAAUGGAGAUAUUACUGUUUACAGAAUUGCUCAACCCUGGGUUGGUUAUAAAGUGAGAUUUCAGAAUCAGUACUCUAAUUUUCAUGAUUGAAAUACUGUAUAACAAUAUAAAUGACAAGACCUCGGGCAAAUCUUUGUAUUCAACACGUAAACUAAAAAGUCUACUGAAUUGUUAUUGAAAUUGUUUCAUUGUACUACAUUAGAAUAUUGAAAAGCUGUAUUUCUUAAAACUACUCAACUCCCAAAGUCCAUAGUUUAGUGCAUUCAAAGUACGGUACCAUAUAAUUUCAGUAAGUACUGGGUAUUUAUUAAAUAUUUUACCUAGUAUAUAGUUUUACAUUAAUGACAAACAAAUAACAUGAUUAAAUACACAAUACUCACUGUGAAAGUUAUGAUAGUCCAAUCCACAAUACUGUACAGUAUUUGACCCGUAAUUCUAAAAUACCCUCACAUUGUUUAGUCCCAAGAAUUACAGAAUUUUAUAUUCUACUGUAUUUUUCUUCAUCUACAAGUAAUGGAGAAGCAUAAUGUACAAACCUUUUUGUGAUCAUUACUGUUGUACCUCACAUGUCAGUACAUUACUCUGCACUUGCAGACCUCAAACAAAUGUUGGAGUUGGGUAAAUAGUGGAUCAUGUUAGCUCAGCCCUGUAUUGUCAUUCCCUCACUUCAACCUCUUAGCUGGCUCAUUCCUAUCCAUAAUUCUACCUGUUUUUGUUUUGUUAAGAUUUUUUAUUGUAUAUACUGUAUUAAUUAGUUUACUAAUUUUGUUUAUAUUACUGAACAGUGCUGUGAUUAACACUUAAGUGGAUUAAGUAAAUUUUGUUAAUUAUUCA